AUGUAAGGAUCAUUUACUUUUGAAGAUAUGGAAACACAUGAAUUAGUUGAAGCUAUAAUCGAUGAAUGUCUCUUAAGACCAGAUAAUGAUUCUGUACUUUUAAAAUAUGACCCUUAAAAUAAAUAAAGGAUUAUUAUUUAUCCUUAAGGAAUAUGA